CUCCAUCCUUUUCCCCGCUCAAUCCCCUCCCUAAGCACACAACUGCCGCCUCUAUAUAGACCAGUAUACUGCGCUGUCAAAACAGUCACGAAACAAGAUGGCGACUGGCAGCAAGGCUUGCUCUGCUGCGCGGCCAAAUGGUGACGAUCACCCUGACGGCCCUGGAUCACCACCACCUCCCGAUGGAGGCUACGGCUGGGUCUGCGUGCUCGCGCAGUUCCUCGUAAACGGCUUCACAUGGGGUGUCGCGGCGGGCUACAGCGUCUACCUCGCCCACUACCUGUCAAACAAUCUCUUCGCCGAGGGCAGACCCCUGGAUUAUGCCCUCAUCGGGGGCUUCAACUUUGCCUUUGCUGUGCUCGUCUCGCCUUUCGCAACUGUUGCCUCUCGGCACCCUUGGGGCGUCCGAGGCCCCAUGCUUGGCGGUGUGGUUCUCCUCUCUGGCGGUCUCAUCGCAGCCAGUUUCGCCUCACGCGUGUGGCAUCUCUACCUGACCCAAGGUUUGUGCGUCGGUGCUGGUAUUGGCCUCAUAAACGUUCCCGCCACCACCGUCGUGCCCCAGUGGUUCGAGAAGAGGCGCAGCCUCGCCAACGGCAUCUGCUCAGCCGGGUCUGGCAUCGGUGGUCUGAUAGUGUGUUUCUCGACUGCCGCCAUGCUCGACACACUCGGCUUCCGCUGGUCCCUGAGGAUCACAGCCGCUGUCGUCUUCCUUGUCAAUCUGACAGCGACGCUCCUGAUUCGAUCGCGCAACGCAGAAAUCCAGCCUGAUCUGCGUAUCUUCAACGCCCACCUGCUCCGCUCGUAUCAAGUCAACCUACUCCUGUCUUGGAGUGUCGUCCUCAUGUUCGGGUACAUCACCUUGAUGUUCUCCUUGGCCGACUACGCGCGCGCCAUAGGCAGCUCUUCCCAGGAUGCGGCCAAUAUUGCCACGUUCUUGAACCUGGGCACGGCGCUCGGGCGUCCCCUCAUCGGCUACGCGAGCGAUCGCUUCGGCAGGGUGCAUGUUGCUGGUAUCCUCACCCUGACCUGUGGCCUGCUCAUCUUCGUCCUCUGGCUUCCGAGCACGACAUAUGCCGCGCUGGUCGUGUUUGCCAUCGUCAGCGGCGCUAUCUUGGGUGUCUUCUGGGCGGUCAUUGGUCCACUGGCAGCAGAUGUCGUCGGCUUAAAGCAACUACCCGCCCUGCUCAACCUUGUCUGGAUCUCAGUGGCACUGCCUAGUCUAUUUGCCGAGGUUAUAGCGCUUGAGAUCAGGCAGUCAAGUCUCGGCUCGAGGUCCUACAUCUACGCCCAGGUGUUCGCCGGCGUUUCUUAUGUUGUCGUAAGUGUAUUCUUGUGGGAGCUGUGUAGGGUCCGUAGAGCACAAGCAGGCGCCACCUGGGCCAGAGCACGUAUCGCAGAGGACAGGGGAUCGAAGAAGUGCAAAGACUUCAAUAAUAAGCUUAGGCUCAUUUUUCAAAUGACUUGCCAUUAACGAAUACCCGUCUGAUGCUCCUUGAGACUCAUGAAUAUAUUAUGACAUCAAAUAUCUCCUCGAAUGAGGGCAGCGUCAAAAUUCGAAUGCUGCAGUGUGACUAUGCUCUCAACCCACGUAUGGGCAAUCAGUGACGAUCUGACAAAACAUAUGCAC